UCUCCGCGCUCUCCCGCCGCGUCGCAAACCUAACCCUCCCUGGAGCAGGCCUCCCGGGGUUCUGGGUACCCGAGAAAGAGACCAGGGGUUUUAAGAUCUUAGGACACUAGGCAGAGCCGGUGUGAAGCACGUCGUCGGGGCGCUGGGGACCACCGCGCGGGGAGGCGGUCACCUCCUGCGCCGGAGGGCGGGCGCGGUGCGCAGGCAGCGCAGCUACUUCGGGACGCGCCCUAGUUUGCGGCACUUACAGCUGCUCCACUUCGAGAGCUGUCCCUGAGCCCAGCUCUGGGGCGAAAAUGCCGGCCCUUCACAUCGAAGAUUUGCCAGAAAAGGAAAAGCUGAAGAUGGAAGUUGAGCAACUUCGCAAAGAAGUCAAGUUGCAGAGACAACAAGUGUCUAAAUGUUCUGAAGAAAUAAAGAACUAUAUUGAAGAACGUUCUGGAGAGGAUCCUCUGGUGAAAGGAAUUCCAGAAGACAAGAAUCCCUUCAAAGAAAAAGGCAGCUGCAUUAUUUCGUAAAUAACUCUGAGGAGAGCUUCAUCCUCAGUAGAAGUAGUCUGUUGUAGCUUUCCGAAAUAAAACCGACGUGCCUUUUAAAGAAGGAACAAUAAAAUUUAAAGGAGACUUUCUAAAGCACUCGUAUAGAUACGGUUAUGUCUGAAAGCUGUGUGCUUCUCGUUUUUGCACGUCACACCCCUUUAAGAGGGCAGAGAGUAUCACUCAUACAGUUAUGGGAAUAAGGACAUCACUCUUGCAUGAUUCACCUCUUUCAGUAUAUUGCUUGAUGCCUCAAAUAAAGUUUUAUCUCUGGAAAAUGUUGGCAAUUUAA